CACUCUUAAAGAUAUAUCGUAAUAGAAAAAAGAAUUUUAAAUAAAACAAACAGUUUUUUAAAGAAAUGUCUUAUCUAACUUCUGAAUGACUAGUAAAAAGUUAAUACAGUUUCAAAUAGAAAAUGGAUACAGUUCUAGUUAAAGUAAAACAUGGAGAGUUACGUGGAAAACUUCAGAAAAAUUAUAAAAACGGAAGUUUCUAUAGCUUCUUUGGAAUUCCAUAUGCUACACCUCCGGUCGGAAAUUUAAGAUUUAAGCCUCCUCAACCUCUUAAACCAUGGAAAGGAAUUUUAGAUGUAACUGAAGAAAAAGAAGGAUGUAUUGCACCUAAUAUGUACACCAGAAAAUUAGAAGGAAGUGAAGAUUGUUUACAUCUAAAUGUUUAUACUCCAGAAGUUAAUACUGGAAAUAUAAAGUUAAAACCAGUUAUAGUUUUCAUCCAUGGUGGAGCUUUUUUAAUAGGAAAUACAAAAACUGAAAUUUACGGCCCAGAAUUUUUAUUAACUGAAGAUGUAGUUCUUGUAUUAAUUUCUUAUAGGCUCGGAGCUUUCGGUUGGUCAUGUCUUCAAGAUGGUUCUUUAGGAAUCCCUGGUAAUCAAGGACUUCGAGACGUCAUCAUGGGUUUAAAUUGGGUUCAACAAAAUAUCGAAUCAUUUUCGGGCAAUCCACGCAACGUAACGUUGUUCGGAGAAAGUACGGGAGCUUUUCUCGCCCAUAUUCUUAUGUUUGUACCAGCUUGCGAAGGACUUUUCCACAAAAUAAUUCUUCACAGCACAUCGGCUCUUCUUCAUUGGUCGUUCGGUCAAAGCGAUUCCAUGAAACAAUUGGCAAAGAAAUUGGGUUUCUCUUCAGAAAAUGAUAAAGAUAUUUUAGAAUUUUUACAGAAACAACCGAUGGAGAAAAUUAUUGAAGGACAAAUGAUGUUUAGAGGUUCCAUAGUAUCGAAUAACGAAAGACUGUUUUAUCCAAUCUUAGAAAAUGAUGAUAAUAUAGAAGAAAAAAUAAUUUUUGGGGAUUGUAACGAACGCGUAAGAAAAGGUGAAUACAUAAAAGUACCGAUGAUUAUUGGAUACACGGCAGAUGAAGGAAUAUUUUUUGAUUCAACAAUAAGAAAAAUAUUAAAACGAACUGAAAAUCCGAUUUCAAUAAGAAAUUUUGAAGAUAUGAUUCCAUUUAAAUCAGAUUUUAAAAGAGGAAGUCCAGAAUCAUUAAAAAUCGCCGAAAAAGCGAAAAUUUUUUAUUUUAACCAACGAAACCCAACGUAUCCCAAAGAUCGUAAACAAUUUUAUAGAAUGUACACAGAUAAUGUUAGCUCUCUUAUUCAAAACACGGCAAGAAGGCAUUUAGAAACAUUACAAAAUCCGAUUUACUUUUUUAAAUUCGCCUUCGACGGGCAAUUAAACUUAUAUAAAAAACUACAAGGUGUCGAUUUUCCCGGAGCUUCUCAUUCGGAUGAAUUGUGUUAUUUGUUUAAGAUGUCUAAAAAUCCACCGGUUGAACAAAACAGUUACGAAGAUAUAACCAUUCAAAGAAUGGUUAAGUUGUGGACGAAUUUUGCCAGGAAUGGAAAUCCGAAUAAUCUUGAACUAAUUAAGGUUGAAUGGAAACCAAUUGAGCAAGAUAAGAUGCAUUUUCUUAAUAUUGGAGAUGAAUUAACUGUUGGGAUUGAUCCUGAUAAAGAAGGGGUUGAGUUUUGGAGAGAAAUGUUUAACCUGAAACCAAAAUCGAAACUGUAAUUUUUUAAGAGGGCAUUAAUAAAGAAAUAUUAAACGAA